AGUCGAUCCCAUCAAGGUCCUGAUGCCAUCACUGUCUCCCACGAUGGAAGAGGGAAACAUCGUGAAGUGGCUGAAGAAGGAAGGUGAAGCCGUGAGUGCUGGCGAUGCCUUGUGUGAAAUUGAGACUGACAAGGCCGUGGUUACCUUGGAUGCCAGUGAUGAUGGCAUCUUGGCCAAAAUCGUGGUUGAAGAAGGAACUAAGAACAUACGGCUCGGUUCACUGAUUGGUCUGAUGGUUGAAGAAGGAGGAGAUUGGAAACAUGUGGAGAUUCCCAAAGAUGUCGGUCCCCCACCGCCAGCCUCAGCACCGUCCGUGCCUUGUCCCUCCCCAGAACCACAGACUUCUGUCCCUGUCAAGAAGGAACACAUACCCAGGACACUGCAGUUCCGCUUAAGUCCAGCUGCCCGCAACCUUCUGGAAAAACAUGCGCUGGAUGCCAGCCAGGGCACAGCUACAGGCCCGCGGGGGAUAUUCACAAAAGAGGAUGCUCUCAGACUGGUCCAGCUGAAACAGACGGGCAAGAUUCCAGAGUCCCGACCAACCCCUGCAGUCCCUGCCCCUGUUCCAGCCCCCCCGCAGGCCACAGUGGGGUUCGCUUAUCCCCGGCCGAUGACGCCCCCGUUGUCCACUCCUGGACAGCCCAAAGCCGUGGGCACAUUCACUGAAAUCCCCGCUAGCAAUAUUCGAAGAGUCAUUGCCAAGAGGUUAACUGAAUCUAAGAGUACUGUACCUCACGCCUAUGCCACCGCCGACUGUGACCUCGGAGCUGUCCUGAAAGUUAGGCAAGAUCUGGUCAAAGAUGACAUUAAAGUGUCAGUAAAUGAUUUCAUCAUCAAGGCAGCAGCUGUUACUCUUAAACAAAUGCCAGGUGUCAACGUCAGCUGGGAUGGAGACGGCCCCAGGCCCCUGCCCUUCAUCGACAUUUCAGUGGCUGUGGCCACAGAUAAAGGCCUGAUCACACCAAUCAUAAAAGAUGCGGCCGCCAAGGGGCUGCAGGAAAUCUCGGACUCUGUGAAGGCUCUGUCAAAGAAAGCAAGAGAUGGAAAGCUGUUACCUGAAGAAUACCAAGGAGGAUCUUUUAGUGUUUCCAACCUGGGCAUGUUUGGCAUCGACGAGUUCACCGCCGUGAUCAACCCCCCACAAGCCUGCAUCCUGGCCGUCGGGAGGUCGCGACCUGUGCUGAAGCUCACGGAGGACGAAGAAGGGAACAUCCGACUGCAGCAGCACCAGCUUGUCACCGUCACGAUGUCAAGUGACAGUCGCGUGGUUGACGAUGAGCUGGCCACCAGGUUCCUCGAGAGUUUCAAGGCCAACCUGGAAAACCCCCUCCGGCUGGCCUAGGCUUCAGGGCCCCCACGUGUGUCUUGGCCUAGGGAGUAGCUGUUACUGAGACCUGCACGUAGGGAGCAACUGGGUGUUCACGUGUGAAGUGCAUGAAAUGCUUAUCUAUUAUAAAAAUGAGGGCAUUUGACCCCAAUUGUCUUCAUUUUCAGUUUGGAUUUGAUGCUGUAGAAAUAAACCCUGGUCAGCUGUGACUGGUAACCAGGGCACUGAGAUCCACUUUAACCCUCUGGUGCUGCACAAAAGGCGUAUCGUCCAGGGGAAGCAAGUAUACACUUGGCUCGCUGGAACAUUUUAGAAUACUGGAGAAUGUAUGAUGCAUUGUAAGAUAAAAAGAUGGUUAGAACUCUGCCUUUGGAAGGUAGUUGUGGUCUUCAAAGCGGCGCCCUUCAUAUUAGCAGAGGGACCUCACUUUCAGAAGCACUGCUCUAGAUAUACUUGAACUAGUUAGUGUGUACAGAAGUUUAUUCUAGAUAAUAGUAGGGUCAGUAGGGUCACAUUGCCUUGGGGCUGCAGCCACAUUCUUGGGUAUUCUGUGUAAAGCCCCAUGUUGUGAGUGGUUCCUACGCGGCUUGUUUUUCACCUGUGUAACACUAUGACUGUCUGAGGAGGAAAGGUAGACAGCAAGAUGAGACGAGAGGAGGAGAGACAUUUCCGAAAACCAGUUUGGCUCAAUGAGAAACCACGGCUGAGGUACUUGAACCCUUUGAAGCAAAUGGCUUGCUUUCACCCUGAGUUGAAUAUAUUUAAAGAAAAUGUGUUGUCUGCUACCAAACAUUUGAAGUUAGCGUUGGUCUAAACACAAAAUGUUGUUUCUUGAUGCAUUGUAAUACAUUUUGUCCUGUGCAAUAAAAUGUGAGAAGUUA